GCCUGUUGGUUGCUCUAUGGCUAAUCCGGAGCCAGUUAUAUUCUCCCCAUCAGGUGGGGCUCAGCCUGGCGGGCGGGGCGGGACAGACUGUAUGAAGCUUGUCUCUCUCCGGCUCCUCUGUCCCGCUGAGUGGUGACCGUAUGUCCACUUCCAGCCCCCUCGACCGCCCCUCUCCGCUGUCCCAGAGGGCGACGGCAUAACUUGGGUGGGUUGGAGGGAGAGAUAAAUACCCCCCUCCAUACCCACCGGCGGCUGAACUCAUGCCAGUGCUACCUGCCUAUACCCUGAUCAUCAUCCCCUUACAGAGCAAAGUGGACGCCAGAAAGUUCUACUCGUGGCUGAAGCAGAUGAAGGAACUCGAGCAGCAGCGCGACGCGCUCUGUCACGGGCUGGAGAUGGUGGAGCGUGCACGGGACUGGUACCGCCAGGAGAUACGUGAUGUGCGCCACAGGCAGAGCCACGGCAGCGGGAGUUGGGGAGAUGAGGAUUACACUUCAAAUUCUUUUCCGAACCGUGUGAACCAACUGCUGGACAAGAUCCAACAUGUCAAUAUCUGCCUCUGCAACUUCAUUUCCUGUGCAGAACGGACGUUGCAGCCCCCCCACUCGACCGAGGUCGCCCACGAUCAACACCAGUGGAGCAGGGAGAGCAACGGAUGCCAUCAACGGGCCGUGGCCAUGCUCAAGCAACAAAAUCACCUGCUGACCAAGGAGGUGUCAAGGAAAAGUCAGUGGAUCGCGCAGCUGGAGAAGGAGAAAGCGACGCUGAUCAAACAGCUGCUGGACGUCCGCUUCCAGAACUAGGCUCAGCCCGGCUCUCGCCUUGGCCUCGGCCUUACCCACCUGAUGCACCAUCGGUCGGUUGGGGGUGGGUGGGGAGGAGGUAAGGCAGCGGAGUUGUUGCAAACUGACUGGCCAUGUGACACAGAAAUCGGGGUGGGAUGGAUUUCAAAAUAAAACGCAACUUCUUUUCAAAUAUUUGCAGGUAGGCAGGGACGGAGGAGAACUGGCUGUGUUGGGGAAGUGGUUUGCAGCACAACUGGGGCAAGUGAUUCUACAAAUGGGUCACGCAAGGACACCAAGGACAAGUGAAGAGCUAGGGUCUUGGAAGAGUGGGGAGAGGUCGAGCGGUGGGAGACUUGCAGAGUUCAGGAGACUUGCAGAGUUCAGGAGCCAUGCAUCGCUUCUAUCGGGUGAUAGGGAGGGUCCAGCGGUUUGUUAUCAACAAAAAAAACCCAAGCAACUACGGGUGCCCGAAAUCCGGAAUAAAGCAGGAAAGUGGCGGGACGUGCAAGGGGGAAGCGCGGGAGUUCUGGGCAGCUCGGGAGCUGAUUGGUGCAUCAACUGUUGCCGAGGGAGAUUUCGCUACACGCUGGCUGAUUGUGACGACAUCGAAGCCCCGCCCACUCCAGUGGCCGACCAUUGGUCCCCAUUCAUAAAACCAUGGCGGGGAACUCCGUGUCGUCACAGUUCCAGGGCGUAAAACCCUUAGUUGAAGAUGCGCCUGACAUGCAUUGCUGGGCAUUUACAGCAUCGGUGCAAGAACACCAGGUAAGCCCAGGAUGGCUCCCUCCCCAUGUACAGUGCAGUACUCUCUCACGUCAUUUGGACAGGCAUAUGGAUAGGAAAGGUUUAGAACAUUACAGCACAGUACAGGCCCUUCGGCCCACAAUGUUGUACUGACAUUUUAUCCUGCUCUCAGAUCUAUCUAACCCUUCCCUCCCACAUAGCCGUCCAUUCCUCUAUCAAGAUAGAGGGAUAUCGAUCACACGCAGGCAAAUGAGACUAGCUUAGAAGGGCAUCUUGGUCAGCACAGACAAGUUGGACCGAAGGGCCUGGUUCCGUGCUAUGAUAUUUUGCAUUAUGGGUCUAAAAGUCGUUGUUCGAUUUAAAGAUCAGUUAUGCUUGCAGGGUACCAGAUGAGGAGUACAUUUUGGGGCAGCUGGGAUAACUUUGCAGUGGCUUCUGAUGAAGGGUUUCAGGUAUGAAAAGUUAAACAUUUCUUGUUUCACAGACACUGCCCGACCUGCUGAGUAUUUCAAGCAUUUUCUGCUUUGCUUUCACAUUUCCAGCAUCUGCAGUUUGAUUUUCACUCACUGGGGAUUCACUGGUAGAAAUCCCACAGUAUCAAGAGCAGCAUCAAUUUCACAGGCCAGAGAUAUUAGUCAGCUUCAGUGCAAGUUGAAAAUAAAAACAGCACAUGCUGGGAAAAACAAGAACAGGUCAGGCAGCCUCUGUGGAAAGAGGAACAGUUAAUGUUUUGGAUCAAAGACCUUUCAUCAGAACUGAAAAAUAAAGAAAACAAAUUAGCUCAGGGAGCAGAGAAGGUGGGGAGGCAAUGGGGGGGGGGGGCAAUGGGGGAGGAUUACGGAUUGGGUGAGAUAAGGUAACCAUUCAAGGGGCAGAGCUUAACUGCUUAAAUUAAAGCUCCUUCGUCUGUGUAACGUGAUGCAGAUGUUGUAAAAUAAGGACAGGAAGUACUGGGAAAAACUCAGCAGGUCGGGCAACAGGUCUGUGGGAAGAGAAACUAGAGUUAACAUUUCAGGUUGAAGAGCCUCUGUCAGAACUGGCAAGGAGACAAAUGCAGCCCGCUGAGCUGCAGGGAGGGGUGGGUGGAGGGGGGGGGAGGAAAGAGGGAUAUCUCAGAGGGUAAAACUGGGAUGAUCAUUGGGAUAAGCUGCAAAGAAGGUUACGUGGUCAGUGAGUGAACAGGAGCAGUUAGAGGGAGAACAGAGACAGCGGAAUGUGGGAGUUGCAAAAUGCAGAGUGGGAGGACUAGACUGGCAGGUCAGGCUGGGCAUAUCCACAACUCCCAGAGGGAAAAUAAAGGGUGUGUUGCAUUGGGGAGUGGGGGAGAACACAAGCUGAGCUAAUACCACAGAGGGAAUGACUGAUGCAGGUAGCAAAAUCGUUUAAUUAAGUUGCAGAAUUCAAGAGUUCAAAGGUCUUUUUUUGACUUUCACUAAUGUUGUGAAAGCUGUGGGAUGUUGUAUAGUCUGGCUUACCGAGACAUGCCCAGCAGGGUAGGGUAUACAAGAGAGGGCGGGAUGGCAGGCAGAAACAGCCAGAUCUGAUACAAGCAGAGAGUGUCUUAGCAGAUCGACAGGGGGUGAACACAAGACAAACACAGUGGAGAGAAGGGCGCCCUCAUUUAAUUUGUCAUUUAAAUGUCUCUGGCCCUCCGUUCUGUCAAGACUUCCGUUUCCUCCUCCCCACUUGCUCUGCAUCCUGAAAGCUGUUUUACCUCUGACUUUUUCCCCUUUCUGGUGAAAAGGUCACCGACACGAAACGUGGCCCAGAGAUGAAGUUACAUCUAAAAUGGGUGGCGCAGCGAGUACAGCCGCUGCCUCACGGCUCCAGCAACCUGGGUUCGAUCCUGACCUCCGGCGCUGUCUGUGUGGAGUUUGCACAUUCACCCUGUGACCGCGUGGGUUUGCUCCCAUACUUCAAAGUCGUUCUGGUCACGUAGUUAAUUGGGCGCUGUAUAUUGCCCCUAGGCGUGUAGGUGAGUGGUAGAUUCUGGGGGGGGGGGGGGAGUUGAUCGGAAUGUGGGAGAGGUUACAGGGAAGUAAGUGAUUGUUCUGAGAGUCAGGAAGUGUUGAAAAAGGUCUUCUGUGUUGCAUGGAACCUAGAACAGUACAGCACAGGACAGGCCCUUCGGCCCAUGAUGUGAAACUGAUUCUCUCCUCACGGAUGCUGUUUGACCUGCUGAGUAUUUUUAGUAUGUUUUAUUCCAGGUUUGAGGGGCAGAAAAGUUGGGGCUAUUCUUGUGGAAGUAUUCAAAAUGAUAUGACGGCUUCAGUAGGCGAGAGGAGGGGAGAAGCAAUACUCAGCGUUUGGACAACAAAGCGAGUUGCCAAAGAGACCUUGCGUUUAUUUUUAAAUCUACAAUGAAACUAAGUUGUUGGAGGCUGUGAGAGAGGUGUUGAAAAGGUCAGUGAAUCAAACCUACCAGAGAAAGGGCUUGAGACUUGAGUGCAGGAAGUGGAUGUAGACUUCAGCAGAGCACGAGUGAACGGUGGUGGGGUGGAGAAAUGGGGUCAGGACGAAUCGCAACGCGUAGGGAGCCGGCGCAAGUACAGCGGACUGACCAGGCCCCCUGCUUCAUUGCGGGGUUCCACCCUGCCUCAGGGACUCGCUCCUCAACUUCAGCCCAUCCUGAGGUCAGCAGUCUGCACCGGGCUCUCGGUACAUCUUGGAGCCUCUGGAGUGAAAGUCCAGCUCCUGCUCACUCACAAAGUCAGAGAGCUGGAAUUAUUACUGGUUUCCUUUAUCUCUCUACCUUAAAAUUCUCCAGACUCUGCUCAUAAUGUCCUUUGGGGGGGGAAAGAGAGAGAGAGAAAGAGCUCCAAAAACUCAGAGGAAAAAUAACAUGUCUGAUUCUUAAAUGGGCAAGCUCAUUUUAAAACAGUGAUCCCCCUGAUCUCUAUUCUCCCUUGGGGAAACAUUCUCUCCACAUCUAGCCUGUCAAGACCUCUCAGUCAGAGACAUACAGCACAGAAACAGGCCCUUCGGCUCAACUGGUCCAUGCCGACCAAGAUGGCCAUCCAAGCUAGUCCCAUUUGCCUGCGUUUGGCCCAUAUUCUGCUAAACCUUUCUUAGCUAUGAACCUGUCCAAGUGUCUUUUAAAAGUUGUUAAACCACAUCAGAUCCUGAUAAGAGUCCUGACAACAUUUCAUUAAACUCCCACUCAAAAAUGUCCACAGUUUCUACAUGGAAGUGUUCCAAAACCAAGAACAACACUGGGCAGUACAGAGUUUGACAAAAUGAGUCCUGGAUCACUAUCUGCAAAAUACAUGCAUUUCCUUAUAUGUUUGACUCCUCUCUCUCCCCCCCCCCCCCCCACCUCAAUCUUUAAUUCUUUGCUUUACGUAAACACUGCCCUUUCAAAAAGAAUUAGAGAAUUUUAUUUUUACUUUAGUUAUUUUAAGACAAUUUAGAAUUUUUUUUUGAAACCACUGGUUAUUUUAAGAAGCAAAGUGAUUCAAAUUGUUUAACUGGCAGAGAUUAGAAUUAUCAACUUCAUCUGGGCAAACCUAUUUUAGCAAGAAGUGCUAUCGGUUGAUAACUCUGCAAAUUAAAAAUAGUUCACAUCAGCAGGACCAAUUCAAAGCAACUCAGUUUAUCGUAUCACUUGGUCGCAGAUCUCAAAUGCUGAAAAAAGGCAACAGUCUGUAACAAAACAAUAAACUUUUAUUUAAACUUG